AUGGAUUCGGUUAUCUCACCACAGCAAAGUGUCUAUGUUCUAGGUAGAAUGAUCUCGGAUAAUUCUUUAAUUGCCUUCGAGGUUGCACAUUUUAUGAAAAGAAGAAGAAGUGGUAAGAAAGGGUAUGGAGCUCUCAAGUUGGAUAUGAGUAAGGCUUACGACCGUGUUGAAUGGAAGUUUCUUGAAGGUGUUAUGCUCAAGUUAGGUUUCUGUGAAGAGUGGGUUAGGCGGCUGAUGAGCUGUGUUACUGCGGUAUCUUACUCUUUCCUUCUAAAUGGGAUGCCUCGUGGUUUUCUCAAGCCUGAACGGGGUCUGCGGUAG